AUGCGCGGCGACGUUCCACGAUCCCCUGGCGACCCCCUCGACGGCUCGACCCCGGCGACACCCCUUGCGUUCGCGUCGAGACCUCCCCCACACGGCCACAUCUCCUUCCCCGCCUUGACCUCCCUCCGCGCCGGCGCCAGUAUCCCGGUCACCGAGAGCCCGAGGCCUCCUCCGCCUUCUCCCUCCCCCUCUCUGACCUCCACCGCCGGCGCUAGUAUCCCCAGUCGCGUCUGGCGAGUCGCCGCCGCCCUUCUCCUUUGGAUAUUGAAGUUUGAAAUUGAAUAUGCAAGUUUAAAUUUGUUAGUAUUAGAUGUAAUUUUUGGUGUUUUUGCAAUUCAAUUAGAUGGGAUUGCAGAGCUUGCGGUUUGA